GGCGGAUCACUUUGCUGUGACCCCCCCAGUGUGUGAGCAUCGUUUCGCAUUCCCACCGGUGCUUCGGCCAUGCCAAAGAAUAUGAAGACUCUGGGUGUUCCUGGCGUUGGUCACAUGAGCCAGGCAGUGUCAGACGGAGAGCUGAACAUGUCUGGUCGUGGCUGUGGGGGCAGUCGUACAAGUCUACCAGGGGUCCAGGGGGGAGAUGCCCAGGCCAGCGGUGUCGUCAGCUGGGCCGUGUGCUUUGAGAAGCUGUUGGAAGAUCCCAUGGGAAUACGCUACUUCACAGCCUUCCUGAGGUCAGAGGUGAGUGCGGAGAACAUCCUGUUUUAUCAGGCCUGUGAGAAGUUCCGGAAGAUUCCUCCCAGUAGGAUGAAAGAGUUUGCUGAGGAGGCUCGCUCCAUCUUCCAGACGUACCUGUCUGACCAUGCUCCCUACUCUGUGAACAUCGAUGACACAGCUCGCGUGGAGGAGGAGGACCUGCAGAAACCUGAAGUUGAAAUGUUCGACAAGGCCCAGACACAGAUCUUUAAGCUGAUGAAGAUGGACAGCUACAGGCGUUUCGUCCGCUCCCCUCUCUACCAGAAAUGUACCCUGGCCAGCGUGGAGGGCACGCCACUACCCAGAAUCCCCCCUGAGCCCACCAGCACAGGAUCAUGGGAGAACAUGGCCACUGCCAGCCCCUCCCUCAACGACAACAAGAAGCAGAAGAAGAACAAGCAACGGGAGAAGAGGGGAUCAUGGGGAGUAGAGGUGUCGUACCCCAAGGUGAAUGUGUCUCGUACGGAGUCUCAGAUGUCCAACAGCAGUGUGGAGUUGGGCUCCUUCUACAGGCAGAUAGAGAACGGUCGCUCCAGUCCCCGUCCCUCAGACCAGGGGCAGGGUGAUGGAGGUGGUGGUAGUGUGGAGGGGGGUUACUGCUGUGUCUACCUGCCUGACGGCAGUGCCUCCCUGGCUCCUACACGGCCUGGUCUCCUCCUAAGAGAAAUGCUGUCAGGCCUCUGUGAGAAGAGAGGUUUCCCCCUUAAAGACAUCCUCAUCUAUCUGCACAGCAAGAACAGGCAGCCACUAUCUCUGGAGCAGGACUGUUCCGUACUGAGAGACCAGCAGGUCUCCCUGGAGCUGAGGGUAACGUUUGCGUUGGAGGUGGUUUUCACUGGUAAGACAUUCGGCAUCAUAGUGAAGUCCAGUAAGACUCUGCUGGAUGCCCUUUCUAUGGUACUACAGAAACACCAACUCAGAACACACGAAGCCAUGGUCACCAUGAGUGGGAGUGAUGUGCCACUGAGCAUGAGCACCAAUGUGUUCAAACUAGCCAAUAAGACGCUGCAGCUCCACAAGGUCAAAGUUAGCAGUUCCAGGGUCAGUGGCUCAACUCCAGUCACACAGGAUCAAGCUACAUCUCCAGUAGGCCCAGAGGUCCAUGUGUCACCUCAGGCAGCCAACCCCAAGCCCAGAGUCAGGAAGAACCAAGAGAUGGAUGCGAUGAUAGAGCUGUUGUCCAGAGCUCAGGCCUGUCGGGUGGAUGACCAGAGAGGCCUGCUGACCAAGGAACACCUAGAGCUGCCCCAGUUCCUCUUGAAACCCCCUAGCCAGGACCAGGAGACGCAACAGGGGGAGGAUGGAGAGGCUGCAGGGGGAGAGGGGGAUGGAGCCCCCACAGACAUUAAAGAGGAGUCAGAUAACCAACCCACUACCUCCUCCACUCCCACGCCUGUUGGAGCAGCAGAGUCAGGAGCGUGUGUAACAGACUCAUCAGGUUCCAAACACAUAGGUUCAAAACAAACAAGUGUCUGAUAGAUAAAAACAUUCUAAGUGUCACUUUUACUUUGUGUACCUGGUGUAAGUGUGAGUGUGUGUAUAGGACCCAUUUUACUGUGUGUGUGUGUGUUUGUGAACAUGCUGAAGUCAGGUUUGGGCAGGGGAUGUUGACACAUGUAGCAAUUAAUCCUGUUAAAAGAUUGUUCAUCAAAUAUUAUAAGUUGUGCACAGGAAGUCCACAACUAUUAAGAGACCUAGUCAAGCACUUUUGCUUAUGAUUGUCUGAAUAAGGUCAGCAUCCAAUGUGUUAUCACUGUCUGGUACGAAACUGUAUUAACUCUAUUGUUUGUUUUAAUCCCGAAUAUCAAAGGUACAAUAUGUCAUGAUAUGAAGGAUCUAUUUUAGCUUCCAGUUCCUCCCCUGACGUCUGAUAAAAAUAAAAAAACAGAAGUUUUGUUUUUCAAUUAAGGAAUUACUUUCAAGAUGGUCUUUCAUAUUUUGCGGUAUUUUACUUAUCAUAAUAUUUAACUUGAACUAAUAGUACUUUUAGUACAUUUUCUUUAGUGUGUGAUUUGAUAUUUAAUUAAGGUGUUUGGUAUUUUGCAUUUUGAGUACUUUUCUCUCUUGUGAAAGUUUGAUAUUUAAUUGAUUCGUUGGCAUUUAAUACUUAUGAGCACAUUUUUGUUACUUUGCUGUGUUUGCACUUUGAAUGCCAGGUCUCCUGUGACGGCCAAUCCUUUUCUCACCAUGUUAUCAGAGUGCUACUCAGGGUCAAACUUCAGUAUUAACCUAUAAUGUUCUCAUGCAUUGUACAGUGCAUGAAUAAAUGAUGUGAUAUUGAUCUAAUUUACCCCUGUAUGCUGACUGUUUACUCUCUCACAUCCACCGCAGAGUGAGCUCUUGUGGACAGACUAUGUAACAUAAACUCUAAUCGAGCAUCUGAUGCUAUUUAGCAAGAUUUGAGUUAAUGGUCCCUGAGAUUAAUAGCAGUGUUGUCACUCGAAAUGAACAUGUCACUGGGACUGCGCUCUGAUUGACUCUGACCAUCCUUCACCUCCAUAAACUUGCUGCUGGGAGGUGCUCCCUCUUUGAAUAUGCUUUUCUCAGACGGAGGCAGGUACUGGGGAUUGCUUGUCUGUGAAUCAGAGAUUCAAUUAUUACGAUAGAAUCUUUCACUAGACUACUCCGGCAAGCUGACAUUCAAAUGCGAGGCGGUCUAUGGCUGAUUGACAAAAAGAGUGUGAUCAUUUGUGUACAGCUGCAACCUCAACCCCAGCUUUGUCAUCACUGUGAACCUCAGUAAAGACAGCCCAACCAUGGAUCAGAAAAUCAAUGAAUGCCCCACCACCACCUCCCCCCAGAAACAGAUGAAGAGUAGGUCCAAAUCGACCGAUGAGAUCCAGCACACCAAGAGGCUUUCAUCACAGAAAUCCCUUCCCGGUGGGCCGGACCUGGACAAAGUCAAGGAAGGCCCAGAAGGUUCUGAGACUCCCUCGUCCUCCACAGAGGAGCUGAAGUGAUGACGGCUGGGGUCCCUAAGGGAAAUAAGGCCAUGAACCUUCCAUCUGCUCAUUAAACAUGAACACAUACUGUACACACACAUAGACUCACAUACACACACACACACAGUCACAUACCUACACACACUUAUACGUUUGUUUAAAUGCAAACACUGAAUUGAUAAACUGAGUUGGUGGAAAGUCAGGUGAUCAGUCAGAGAGAAACACACACAAUUUGACUUCAGAUUCUGACGUUUAUCCACGUUUCUCCAAGCAUAACAUUUAGACUCUGCGCCAAACGUCAAAUUUCGAAGUGUUUUUGACACCAUGUGUUGACUCCUGUUCAGCAUCAAAUUUAAGGUAAGGGUUAACGUUUUGGAUAGGGUGAAGAUAUUAAGGUUAGACAUGAAUUCUGAAUGGUUAAGUUAAGGGUUAGGAUUUGGGAUAGGUUUAAAACAAAACAUUUAAAAUGUGUUUCUACCACUGGGAGAUAACAUGUGGCAUUCGGAUUCAAAGUCAUGGGAUUAUGUCCAUUAUGUCUCAUGGGAUUAUGUCCGUACCGCUGUAGCAAAACCCAAGCCUACUUGUUAGUAAUAGUGCUCAUUUUGAAGUCAAUCUGGAGCGAUCUGUCUACACACGCACACACACACACACACACACACACACAAUGACAACAAGAACACAAGAAAUGGGCACAUGUGAUGAUCCUGUAUCAUUGUACUGUGAGUUAUUUGUACAUACCAAACUGAAUGUGCAUUCUUCACAAUAAAGCAGUGCUGUUGAGUGGACCC